GUGUUAGAAACAUAAAAACAAUAAUUAACUAUCCGGUUGGACUAUUUUUGUACUAGACUAUUUUAUAUACCUCCUACCUACAGCAGCUUUUGUUCCCUACUAGAUUUCAGGAGAUACCUUUCAAAAUUAUACUGGUUUAGGCGAACCCCAUUUAUAUCUCCUGUGCAUCUUCUACUUAACUUAUCGUCUUAGGAAUAUACCCAAGUUUGGUCAUUCGUGAACCUAGUGUGCCCACCUGGACCUUUUAUGGGAAUCACUGAUCUAGCCUGAUAAUAAUCAUCAUGUUUUCCUGUAUGCUAACAGUUAAAUAUUGAAGUUAAUUUCGUCACUCUAACUAGUAGUCAAUUAAAUAACUAACGAGCGAAAUAUACAUGUAUAUAUAUUAAAUCUUAAACGGGAACAGAUAUAUUUAUUUACGCAAUCAUCCGCAAAGGUUAUCGUUUUCAAUAUAAGACGUACAUCAUGUCACGGCUAUGUUUAGUUAUCAAGCAAUCUAGCAAAAGGAAACUAGAAUAGUUGAAUUAAAACAAUGUUUAAUACAGUAAAAUUAGUAUAUUUGAGUUUGGGGACUGUUUUCAUCGCUGUAUCAAUAGUAACAGGGAAAACUCGGUACCCGUUUGUUUUAAAUCAGCGUUUAGUUUGCAACAUAAAGCAGUCUUGUGUAGAAUGUUUAAAAUUAAGUCAUUGUACCUGGUGUGUAACCAGUAAUAGAUGUUUUUCGAAGGAACUUCCAACAUUUUCAGACUUUUGCAAGAAUGAUACGAUCCACUAUACCGACAAUGGUUUCAGUAUAGAAGAGAAUGCGGAAUGCUCUUGCGGGACCAGCACAGCAGACAACUGUCGGCCUCCUGAGGUGACAGAGGGUGAGGUGUGCUCAGGUCGGGGCAGUUGCGUCUGUGGCCGUUGCAUCUGUAACUCCAACCCGGAUCCUGAACAUCCUACUAAGACUAUUGUGGGUGAAUAUUGUGAUUUCGAUAAUUUCUCAUGUGACGGCCGCCAUUGCAACGAAGGACCCUAUCCCCUGAGCCAAGCGAAAAACGAUGAGAAUCCCAAUGCAGCAGAUGUUGAACAACCGUCGGAAGUUUAAAUUAAUUCCCAUAACUUGGUUUUAAAUUAUUAAUAUGUCUUAGCUACUCAGCCCACAUUAAAUUGUUCAGAGGACAAUAAAUCUUUGUUACUGACCCUAAUUGAGAUCUAGAAUGAGAUAUAUUUACAGCCAAACACUUAAAUAAACAAUAUAUACUUGUAAGUAAAUGUUUAAAUAGAUGAUUUCUAGAUUCAUAGGCUAUAUCAGCAAAUAUAAAAAUAUGAAAAGUC